AUGGCAAAAACGGAACACACUUACGACGCACUUCGAGAUAAAAUAGUGUCCGAACAGUUCCUGAAACAAUGCCAUGAGAAGCUCGCGAUCUUUUUAAAGGAAAGGGGCUGCCAGGGCCUCGAUAAGCUAGCGGAGGCUACAGACCACUACCUCGAGGCCCAAGGGUUGACCAACCUUGGAAAAAAUAAAGAAGAAAAAGAUUCUAGCAAGCCUUCGGGGUUAGCUAGAAUUCCCGCCCAUCGAGAUGAAAAGAGGAAGCCGCAGUGCUUCCUCUGUAACAAACUGGGCCAUCGGGCCGCAGACUGCUGGUCCAACUCAAAAGGACCUAAACAAAAUGCGAAUUUCUGCUGGAAAUGCCGCGAUAAUGGGCAUAAAGCCGAGGCUUGUCCUAACAAAAAGUCAGACGUUGGCGGUAAAGCGUCGUGCUCAGUGAUGCACUGCAAUCGUCCUGAGGACUUGGGCUCCGACGCCUGUCUGUCGAAGCAAUAUCCGGUGGGAACGGCAAGGACAAAGGGGUCCGAGGUUCAAGCAGAAGAUAUGCCGACGGCUACAGGACUGCUUGAGGGACAGCCUGUCACUGUUCUCCGGGAUUCCGGAUGUAACUCCGUAAUAGUAAAGCGGUCAUUAGUUCCUGAUGGCAAACUGACAGGAAAAAGCCGAAUGCUCUACCUGCUGGACCGCACAGUCAGGUGUCUACCAGAAGCGGAGGUGGACAUUGAUUCUCCUUAUUUCAGGGGCAGAGUGACUGCAACGUGCAUGGAAAAUCCGCUGUACGACGUCGUAUUAGGAAACGUUGUUGGCGUACGGGAUGUUUCUACUCCUGAUAUCAACUGGAAAGCAGAGCAGUAUGCUCCAACCCAGAAAGAAGAGCCUGCACCAGAGACUUCAAAUGAGAGCCACAGUAGUCUGACGAGUCAACCAACUGGUACAAAGACGCCCUCUUUCUUGGCUGCUAUGAAUCCGAAGGACAAGCAGCUUGAGGGUGCAGCUGGCCGGCUCCCUGUGGCAACGGUCAAUCCAGUGGACAUUCAUCCAGAGGAGCUGCGAACCAAGCAAAGAGAAGACCCUUCGCUAAACGGCUGCUUUGAAGCUGUUGGACGCGAGGUGGUGUCACGAGCAGCUGAUGUUAAGUUCGUGUUGACAAAUGGAAUUCUUUUCCGUCACUACAGGUUACCAUCGGCUAAGCAAAUGGAACAGCUCGUCGUCCCAAGCAACCUUCGAAGCUUCGUGCUGAAAAUGGCGCACGAGGGGAUUCUCUCUGGACACCAGGGAAUUAAGCGCACAACAGAUCGGGUGCUCGAGGAGUUUUACUGGCCGGGUGUGCAGGGAGAUGUCACUCGGUUCGUAAAGUCGUGUGACAUCUGCCAGGGAACUGUGCCAAAGCACUUAGUAGGCCGUGUGCCUCUCGGAAACAUGCCAGUCAUUGCUACACCUUUUCAGCGGGUGGCCAUCGACAUUGUGGGCCCACUAGCACCAAUCUCAGAGAAGGGAAACCGCUAUGUCCUCACCAUGGUGGACUUCGCGACACGUUACCCUGACGCCAUUGCUCUGCCAAGCAUUGAGACCGAGAAGGUAGCCGAAGCUCUCCUCGAAAUGUUCUCACGCGUGGGGUUUCCGCGCGAAAUCAUUAGCGAUCGUGGCAGAUCGUUCCUGUCUGGACUCAUGAAGGAGUUCAGUCGUCUGCUCUCGUUCAGACAGCUGCCGACCACACCGUACCAUCCUAUGGCCAAUGGCCUUGUAGAACGCUUUAAUGGUACGUUGAAGCAAAUGAUACGCCGGAUGUGUCAGGAGUGCCCUAAAAGCUGGGACAGGUACUUAGCGCCUUUGUUAUUCGCGUAUCGCGAACUUCCACAGACUAGCCUCGGGUUUGCGCCCUUCGACUUACUGUACGGCAGAUACGUCAGAGGACCCAUGGCCAUCUUGAAAGAGCUCUGGACAGGGGAACGUAUAGACGACGAGACGAAGACCUCAUAUGGCUACAUGAUUGACCUGCGCCAGCGGUUAGAGGAAACAUGCCGGAUGGCCCAAGAACAUCUCACGAAAGCAAAGGCCGUACAGAAGAGAUACUAUGACAAAAAGGCAAGAGUGCGCCAACUCUCUGUCGGAGACAAGGUUCUUCUACUCCUUCCCUCUGACGCAAACAAACUUAUCUUGACUUGGAAAGGUCCCUUUGCCGUCUUAGAAAGACGAAACGACGUCGACUACGUCAUCGACCUAGGGACCAGAACCAGCUUGUUCCACAUCAACAUGCUGAAGAAGUAUGAAGAAAGGCCACUAACCGAUCAGACACCCCAACGUGCGUCAGCCGCAUUCCAACACGAGGAAGUGGAGGAAGAGGAUGUACCUGUGCUGACGCUGCACCAAAAGGAAACUUACCGAGACGUGAAAGUUUCCGAGGAAUUAACUAGCGAUCAACGAACUCAGGUUGCUACCCUCUUGGCGGCACACCAGGGGAGUCUUUCAGAUGUUCCAGGAAAGACCGAUUUGGUGGAAUGCAAAUUGAAGCUUACAACAGACACCCCUGUUCAGGUGAACCAGUACCCGAUACCAUUCUCUUUACAAGAAGCUGUGGAAAGUGAAAUCCAGCAAAUGCUACAGCAAGGCAUAAUUGAGCCAUCGGAGUCUCCGUAUCAAUCACCUGUUGUGGUGUCAGAGCAGAGUGAAAAUACCCCCUUCUAUCUAAAAAAGAAAUAUCUCUGCCUUUUCUUCUACGUUGUCGAUAGAGGUCUGCACGAAUAA